UAUAAAAGCCAAGUCUUUUCUGACCUGACCAACCAUCCAGCUGCCUGCAAACAGUCACAGACAUUGUACAAUGCUGCCUCCCAUGGCCCUGCCCAGUGUGUCCUGGAUCCUGUUCUCCUGCCUGAUGCUCCUAUCGCAGGUGCAAGGUGAAGAGUCCAAGAAGGAACUUGAAGCUCUACCGAGCAAUUGUCCCGAAGGCUCCUAUUACCAUCGCUUCUACUGCUAUGCUUUGUUUAUGACACCAAAAUCCUGGUCUGACGCAGAUAUUGCCUGCCAGAAGCGACCCUCGGGAUUCCUCGUGUCUGUGCUCAGUGGGGCUGAAGCAUCCUUCUUGGCCUCUCUGGUGAAGAGAAAUUCGAACACCUGCCCAAACGUCUGGAUUGGGAUUCAUGAUCCCACACAGGGCUAUGAACCCAAUGCAGGUGGAUGGGAGUGGAGUAAUAAUGAUGUGAUGGAUUACAGUGCCUGGGAGAGAAAUCCUGCCACCAUUUCAAAACCGGGCUACUGCGGGAGCCUGUCCCAAAGCUCAGGAUAUCUGAAAUGGAAAGAUUAUAACUGUAACCAGAAGUUACCCUAUAUCUGCAAGUUCAAGAAUUAG